GAAUAAAGGAAGAGAGGGGACUGGUAGUUCUGCUCCGACCUUCAUCUCUCUCUACCAUCUCAAACAACGCUGCAUCGACACUCCACCGGUUACCGUACACUCCUCCGCAGAGAAUCACAACUUCCCCGAUGACGACGACGACGAUGACGCCACAGGAGCACGACCAGCCGCUCCUCCACCACGACACCACCAACUCCUCGCUCUCCCACGACGAGCUAGAAGAGACAGCGUACGACUCGGACGACAAGGUCCACAUCGUCGGAAUCGACGACGCCGGAGACAGCGACGCGACGCCGCCGUUUUCGUGGAAGAAGCUGUGGCUGUUCACCGGGCCGGGGUUCCUGAUGAGCAUAGCUUUCUUGGACCCGGGAAACCUGGAGGGGGAUCUUCAGGCGGGAGCGAUAGCGGGAAACUCGCUGCUGUGGCUGCUGAUGUGGGCGACGGCGAUGGGGCUGUUGGUGCAGCUUUUGUCGGCGAGGCUUGGGGUGGCGACUGGGAGACACCUGGCGGAGCUGUGCCGGGAGGAGUAUCCGGGAUGGGCGGGGCUUGUGCUUUGGGUCAUGGCGGAGCUUGCGCUUAUUGGGGCGGAUAUUCAGGAGGUUAUUGGGAGUGCGAUUGCUAUUAAGAUUUUGAGUAAUGGGGCCUUGCCGCUUUGGGCCGGAGUCGUCAUAACCGCCUCUGAUUGUUUUAUCUUUCUACUCCUGGAGAACUAUGGCGUCAGGAAACUGGAAGCAGUUUUUGCUGUUCUUAUUGCUACAAUGGCGCUUUCGUUCGCCUGGAUGUUUGGUGAAGCAAAGCCUAGCGGCACUGAGCUUCUGCUCGGUAUUCUGAUUCCGAAACUUAGCUCCAGGACAAUCAAGCAGGCUGUGGGAGUUGUGGGGUGCAUUAUCAUGCCUCACAAUGUGUUCUUGCACUCUGCUCUUGUACAGUCUAGGGAGAUUGAUCACAGCAAGAAAGGUCGAGUUCAGGAAGCUCUCAAUUACUACAGCAUUGAGUCCACCAUUGCUCUUAUUAUUUCCUUCGUUAUCAAUCUGUUUGUCACUACUGUGUUUGCCAAGGGAUUUUAUAAUACCCCACUCGCGGAUAGUAUAGGCCUUGUAAAUGCAGGGCAGUAUCUUGAAGAGAAGUAUGGGGGUGGUCUCUUCCCUAUUCUCUAUAUUUGGGGUAUUGGUUUAUUAGCAGCCGGCCAGAGCAGCACUAUCACAGGUACCUACGCAGGGCAAUUCAUCAUGGGAGGUUUCUUAAACCUGAGACUGAAGAAAUGGAUGAGGGCAUUGAUCACACGAAGCUGCGCAAUCAUUCCGACUAUAAUUGUUGCUCUUGUGUUUGAUACAUCAGAGGACACAUUGGAUGUUUUGAAUGAGUGGCUUAAUGUGCUUCAGUCAAUUCAGAUUCCUUUUGCCUUGAUUCCUUUGCUUUUCUUGGUGUCAAGCGAGCGAAUCAUGGGUUCUUUCAAGAUUGGCAAUGUUCUCAAGAUGGUUGCAUGGCUUGUGGCUGCACUGGUGAUGGUAAUUAAUGGCUAUCUCUUGGUGGACUUCUUCUCCAAUGAAGUGAACGGGGUGUUGUUUGGCUCUGUUGUGUGCGCUUUUACUGCUGGAUAUGCAGCGUUUAUAGUCUACCUUGUUUUCCAGGGCAUGACCCUUCCAAGGUGGUCUAAAUCAAAGAGUGUCACGGACACACUGAACUGAAUUAUCAUCGAAACAAAACUCAGUCGCGAGGGAAUUCUGCUGUAUACUAAUGCCGAAUCUUCAAAGGCUGUCAGGAGUGCAUAUAUGGUAUAAACACAGCUUUUGCUGAUUAAGAAACAUAAGCUCAUGUUUCUUCUGUAUUAUAGUUGGUGUUGUAUUCAGGGAAUAGAGAAGGCUAGGUUAGAAAAGCUGGUCAUGCAGUCAUGACCUGCCAAAGUAAUCAACAUCAUUGAAAUUGGCCUUGGACACUACUAAUCUAUAUGAUCAAUGAUACA